CAACAACAAACAGAGAAAAUCAGUCGGUCAAACGACAACGACGACGAUUACGAGAGCAACAGAAGCAACGGAAUAAAAGUGGAAAAUCCGUAUAGCACAGAUAGUUUUUGAGUGUGUACAAUAACAACAAUUGCAAAAACAACAACAAUAACAAUAACAAAGCCAUUCACAUCGAAGCGCGCUCUUUUGAGCAUAUCUCUCUACAUAUAUAGAGGAGGCAAAUAGGAAUAUAAAAUAAACAUUUGUAAACAGAGAGAGAAAGAAAUAGUGGAUGAGUGUUAAGUAAAGAGCCGUUUUGGUGGAACGACAACGAAAAAGGGUCACAAAACGGAGACACACUAUUUGUCGCUAAAACGAGUGCGCCUUGUUUUUUUUCUGCACGUAAUUUUAAAUGAAUGACAAAACGUUACAGUACAAACCAAACAAAAAAAUCUAUUACAGAACUGAAAAGGAACAAUAAAAUAUAAUAAUUUGUGAUAAAACGAAAUAAAUGUAAAGAAAAAACGAAGGUGAAGAACGUGAAUUAUUGUUUUGGAGUUGAAAAGAACAGCAACGUUGGAACAAUAGUGAGAAGAAGAGACAGAAAACAGCAAAACAACAGCACCAAACAAUAAGACGAACAGAAGCGGAAUAAAAUCAAUCACUCAAUCAAUCAGGACGCCAUGCAUUCAAUCAAUCAAAACAGCAAUUCUAAAUAGAAGUUGCAUUUAAUGCGACGUCGAAGCAAUGACGUCUCAAGCAGUUUAUUGUGUCAGUUUACAAUUAAGACCAUCGGAAGAGAAUAAUAUCGAGUCAAUAAUCGAUACAAGUAAAUCGAUUGGAGACAGUUCAGGCGAUGCAUGUGAUAUCAGUAGCCAAGUGUCAACUGCAAAUCAUCCAACUCAAUUAUCCAUUGCAACGGUUUCGACGGCAAAUAUUGAAACACAACAGCAACAACAGCAACAACAUCAGGCCAGUAAUAUAAUAUUGAUUCGUGGUGCUCGCACGGAAAAUGGUCAAAUAAUUCUACAAAAUGGCCACGAAUUGUUGAGUUUAUUGAACAGUGGAGCGGUAAGCAUAAGCAGUAGUGUGGCUGAUGAUGAUAAAACCACAUGCAAUACAUCGACAGCAUCACCAUCGAUUUUAUUGCAUCGAAAAACAACGUCGUUCGCCAAUUCGGUGGCUACAUCGAAACAAACAACGACCGAAACGGGUAAAUUUGUGCUGCAAUCAGCAUUGAAAAAUGCCAACAUCACCACCAAUCAAAUCAUUGAUACGAAUUCAUUGAGCGGAAAUGGAAUCAAAGGCAACACACUUCAGUUACAUACGACGUCGCCAGCUUUAAAGAAUGUAACCACAUCGAAUGCAACAACAACAAUUACAUCAGUUGCGUCAACUGGCCAAACGGCAACCAUACCAGAAGGUUCAAUCAUUUUACAACAACGAUUGAAUAAAAAUGGCACAAACGAUGGCCCAAUUCUAUUGCAAACACUAAAGCGCAUCGAUAAAUCACCAUCAAUUCUACUGUUUCGAAACAAUCCGAAUAGCGGUGGAAGUGGCACCUGUACACUCACCACGGCCAGCCCAAAUGUCGUCAAAACCACAACGAUUGGCAAUCAAAUUGCCGUCAUUGGCAACAACAAAGAUGAUGAUAAAAUUGAAGCCAAACUCAAAAAUAAAACCGUUCCAUCAAAUGUUCCGUUGGGCGCCGAUGGCGAACCGAUAAAGCUUCCGGAUAACUUGGAAAGUUUACCACGUGCUGAUCAUUUUCCGACUCAACGACAUCGCUGGAAUACCAAUGAGGAAAUUGCUGCGUUAUUAAUCAGUUUCGAUAAGCAUUCCGAAUGGCAAUCAAAAGAAGUGCGAACAAGGCCAAAAAGUGGUUCAAUGUUACUCUAUUCGCGCAAAAAAGUUCGCUACCGUCGUGACGGCUACUGCUGGAAAAAGCGAAAGGAUGGCAAAACAACACGAGAAGAUCACAUGAAAUUGAAAGUUCAAGGAACAGAAUGUAUCUACGGCUGCUAUGUGCACUCGGCCAUUCUUCCAACCUUUCAUCGCAGGUGCUACUGGUUGUUACAGAAUCCUGAUAUUGUUUUGGUGCAUUAUUUGAAUGUACCGUAUCCGGAUGAUAAUAAAAUGGCUGUUAUAACCCCAAGUUUGGCAUUGUGGGGCGAUAAAAAGGAGUGGACAAAAGAGGAAUUGGUUUGUCAAUUGAAACCAAUGUUUUUUAGCGAAGAUGAACCGGAUGCAACGAACGAAAUUGAAAUUACCACGGCUGAAACGGUUGAGGCAAUUGUUGCUCAAUUGAUGGAAAAACAACGUGCUGCACGACAAGCCGCACUCGUUAAACAAUUAGAAUGUGGUUGCCCAGAUUCGACAUGUGCCGAUGGUAAAUCUUGUUCACAUCCAAUGCGACGUUUGAGCUCUACUAAAGCAACCGCAAGUGAUAAACAACGUCAAAUUGAAAAUAAUAAUAAUCAUGUAUCGAGCACUACACCAAAUGUUUUGAUUGGAACAAGACUCUACUCACGAUGGGUUGAUCGUCGUGGACGCGAUCAGUUAACUGAAAUCACAAAUCCAAAUAAUUCGACAACAAUGCAUCAGCUCACCAAUAAUGGCAAUUGUAAUUCAGCAAUCAAAGAUAUCGAAUCGAAUAGUUCGAUUCAUUUUCAAGUCAUUCCACCAACUGAUACAUCGUCUUCGAUCAAUUCUUCAGCUGGUCCAUCGGUAAAUAAUCUAUCGAAUAAUGGUCGUCUAUUGAGUAGCAGUAAUUCGGCAUUAACAUUAACAUCAACACUAACCCCAUCGUCGGCCGUAUCAUCGCAAACAUCGUCCACAUCGACAACAGCUGCAUCGACUGCAUUGGGCAAAAGUGUGACCACUUUGAAUUUUAAUCAAACGGCCGAUAAUCAAAUUGUCGCGACCACAAAUAACACCAACACAAAUGGCACCAACAAUCCCAAUCACAAUAAUCAAAUGGACAAUGGACAACAGACAAACAAUUUACACCAUCAACAGAGUAUCGUGAAUCAUGGAAGAACGACAACAACCGCAGCUAAUCAUUUGGUUAAUGCGCCAAUCGUUACAUCGACACCUCCUUUAGUAUUGAGUUUGUCACAGAUUCAAAGUACUUCGGGCAGUUUGUUCAUAUUGAAUGGUCAACAGCAGCAGUUUAUGUGUCAAUCAUCAAGCCAAUAUGCACAGCAUGAACAACAACAGCAACAUCAUUUACAAGGCAAAGUCAAUAAAGAUGAUUUAGAUGGUUUUCGUCAAGAGAAUAUGGUGACACUUUGUCCAAAACUUGAGGCAAUGGACUCAUCACAAACGCAAUUUACUUCCAAAAUUCAUGCAAAUAAUACAUAUUUGAAUAUAAGCUAUGAGCCACAAUCGAAUCCAUCGAACAUUCUAAAAGAUAAUUCGGCGGACGAUUUGCCGCAAAAUGAUUCAAUGGCAUUCUUUAACGAAACACUUGAACUAUCACAAGAAGAUAUUCAGAAAACAUUAAGUGCCAAUAUGCCGAUGAAUGCAAAUGGUAAUGCUGCACGAACAGCAACAACUCUAAACGAUACAACGAUCCGUGAGACAACAUUGCGUGCAACAGAUUUCAUUGAUGAUUGUUGUGAUGAGGGCAACAUCGAUGUGGUACCGUCAUCGGUCCAUGACGAUGAUGUAUUUGUGAAUCUUGAUGCAUUCGAUAUGUUUGUUGAAUUUCCCGAAUUAGAUUUGGAUGCCAAAGCAUCGUUAAGCUGUGCAACCGAUAGCAAUAUCAUCGACAUGGUUAGCGAUGAUGUUAAUGAUCCAAUUCAUCGAAUGCGACACAAUUUGGAAAAUGAAUCGAACUCAAGACUAUUGUCGGACGAUGUAGAUAAUCAUAGUGUUAUUAACGAUUCAAAUCGACAAUCGUCACAAUUUACAUCCGUCACCGAUUCGGACACACGCGCUGAUCUCUUUAAUAUAUCCGAUUUUAGUCCAGAAUGGGCAUAUCCAGAAGGUGGCAUUAAAGUGCUGGUUACUGGACCAUGGAAUCAAAAUUCCAAUUAUACGGUGCUUUUUGAUUCGUUUCCAGUACCAACGACCAUCGUACAAAGUGGCGUACUACGUUGCUAUUGUCCAGCACAUGAAGUGGGCUUGGUCACAUUGCAAGUGGCAUGCGAUGGUUAUGUCAUAUCGAAUUCAUGCAUUUUCGAAUACAAAUCACCGAUGAAUGCCGAAAAUGGUGCCGCCUGUGAUGGCACUACAAAUGUAUCAAGCAACGGUGAUAGUUUAUAUAAAUUUACGCUGUUUAAUCGCUUGGAAUCGAUUGAAGAACGCAUGCAAAUUAAAAUGGAACCAUCCGAUUCGACUGACGAAAGCAGCACUUCCAAUCGCAUUGAUUUUGAAGAUUAUUUGGUGAACUAUUGCCAAUCGCUUGCAACAAAACAAUGGCGCAAUUCGUCCGAUACCAUACUUUCAUGGGCUAAAAGUAGUAAUGUCAAAGGAAUGUCAUUAUUACAUUUGGCAGCAUGCUUGGGCUAUUCUCGUUUGGUAAGCACAUUGCUUCUUUGGCGAUCGGAUAGCCCAAAUGUGCUAUUGGACAGUGAAAUCGAUGCAUUGAGCCAAGAUAAUGAAGGGUUCACACCUUUGAUGAGAUCAUGCGCUAAAGGACAUUAUGAUACAGCAAUUUUACUUUGCAAAUGGAACUCGAACGCUUUGGAAAUGAAAAAUUAUCGGAAACAAACUGCGGUGGCCGUUGCCAUUGAAAAUGGUUUCAUUGACUUGAGUGAAGAGUUAAUGCAGUUUGAAACAAAUCGAAAAGAAUCAUCGGUCUCAUCAUCCAUUGAGCUCAAUCGAUCUUUUAUGCAUUCAAUAUAUAAAAAUGAGAAAAGCGAAUUGGAUGAGACGAAAAAGGGUUUAACCGAGAUCAUAAAUGACAUUGAAAAGGGCGUGUAUCUCAAAAGCCUAACACCAAACUCAUUUAGUCAAUCAAAUGACUACCUGGAAUCGACAUUGUCACCAAAGUCAGUAGAAUCACAAACCAGUUGUCGCAGUCAUGACGGUGUCUUUCUACGUCCUGGCGAACAACAAAAGAAAAGCUUAAGCUCGCCGAUUUCGUUGUCUUCAAAUUUGCCCACGAUGACGAGUCUAUUAUCGCAUCGUCUAAUCAAGCGUACUUCCAUCGACAGUGGAAUCAAUUUGGAUUUUCCGAUUCCAUCGUAUCGAUCAACGAUCUGGAGUCGAUCAAGAAAUCUCUCCAGUCAAGCGUCGUUGGCCUCAACUGCAAGCGGUUUUGAAACAAAUGACUCAUUCUUAUUGUGCGAUGAAUCGAUAACAACGAAACCACAGCAACCCUUUUCCGUAGACGAUGAAUCGAAUCAGCAUUUAGUGAACGAUGAUCGAUCCAGCGCAGACAAUGCCAUUGAUACGAAUGUCUUCAAUAACAGCGAUAAUAAUGUUGUGAUGCAAGAAAUGGUCGGCGCCGUAGGGGAUUCAGAUGCAAAAGUCUUAACGCUUGCCGAGCAAAUUAUCGCAGCAAUGCCGGAACGCAUAAAAAAUGAAUCUGAUGAUAUAAUGUCAUUGGGUAGCCCAUUGUCGGAUACAUUUAAUUCGGAUACAUCUGGUUUGGGUGGAUUGAGCGAUGCAUUUAUGGAACCAUUGCUUGAUUCAUUACCAAGCAGUAAUUUUGAUCAAGAUCUUAAUUUUGAAUUGAAUGAUUAUCGUUAUCAUGAUGUGGGUACACCAUGCUCAAGUUUGAGCCCGGCCAGUUCGGGCCCAUUACAAAGUCCAGCCAGUUAUUCGGUUGCAACGGAACCAACAUCAAUAACUACAGGUGCCAUGAAUUCACCGUCACCGCCACCAACAACCGAAGAUUUUACCGAAUUUUUACACGCAUCCAGCAACAUUUUGAAACCAUUUGAAGCCGAUUUUUCCAAUUUAACAUUGACUGAUCGUGAACAACGAGAAUUGUACGAAGCAGCCAAAUGCAUUCAGAAAGCCUAUCGAUCGUAUAAAGGGCGUAAAAAAUUGGAGGAACAAGACAAAGAGCGACGUGCUGCCAUUGUCAUACAAAACUAUUAUCGACGAUACAAACAGUAUGCUUAUUAUCGUCAAAUGACAAACGCUGCGCUCAUCAUUCAAAACGGCUAUCGAUCGUAUUGCGAGCACAAACGUUUCAAGAAAUCCCAACCAAAAGGUGGAAGCAACGCUUUGAAUACAUCAGCAUCAACACAAAAUACACAAUGCUUGCAGAAUUAUUACAAUAAACGAUGGAAACAACAACAAUCCAAUAAUGCCAAUGGCAAUGGUGCAAAUGCCAAUAUUUCCAAGGAGCCAAACACUUCCGGCCCACUCAAACGUACCUAUUCACAACGAACACAAAAUCAGGCGGCAAGGAAAAUUCAACAAUUCAUGAGACAAUCGAAAAUGAAUAUUUGGGAAGAUGUACGAACUUUGACUACAGAAAGAACGAGCCGAAAAAGAGAGGCUGGCGCACCAACAACAGGCGGAAUACCGUCAAAGCUUGCCGUUUCAUCAGCAACACAUGUAACUGGUACUUGUACAACGAAUGUAAUGCGACGAAGUGAUUAAACCGUGAAAUAUUGAUACUAAAAAAAAAAUACUGACGGAUUCCGAAAUGAUUUAUAACAAAGGCUGAAGAAUGAUUAAAAACAACCCAAGUGAUUUUACUUCUUAACAAUAAUCACAAUGCAACUAAUGUUUUUAAAUUUGAAAAAAAAAAUUGUAAAAACCAUAGAGAAAGUUCGCCGCAAAUUUUUUUUUUUUUUUAAAUUGGUGCACUGUGAUAUUUGAUCCUAGUUCACCGAUCCAUCGUAAGAGGUGUUCAAACAAAAAAAAAAAAUUUCGAAAACCGAUAAAUGGCUUCCAAAAUCUCAAAUGGAACUGUAUGUAAAGGCAAAGUGUGCUCCAUGAGAUCAAAUCCAAAAAGAGAAAAAAACUCAAAACAUAGUAAAUUUGAUAAAUUUCAAUGAUGAUGUUGCCGAUGAGCAGCAAUAUCGCAAAUGAAAUCAAAUAAAAAAACCACAAAAAUCAAUUUUACAUCGUUUUAAAAAGAAAAAAAAAAACGUUAUUUUUAACAAAAGAAAUAAAUUCCUAUUUAGAAAUCAGCCUAAAAUACAAAUUAAAGCAAAGUGAAACAGAACUAACCACACGAAAGUGAAAAAAGCUAAGGAGCUUAAUAUACACAAAUUGUAAAAAAAAAUUGUCAUGUGUGAAAAUCCGAAUACAAAACGAAAAACUCAAGUUGAAUUGAAAACAACAACAACCUUUUUUAGAAUUUAGACAUGAAAUAUGAACAAUUUUAUUUCCAACUUUUGAAUGUUGUUAUGUUUUUCCAUUAAAAUAAUACAUUAUUCCGUAGGAUAUACGAUUUCUUCGCUUUAUUAUUUUUUAGCAGUGAAUAUAUAUAAAUUAAAACUAUAAAAUGUUAAAUAUACACACUCGCAUAUAAAUAGAGCGAGAAAAGGACGGAGAGGAACGGAGAAAUUGUAAAUGCCACAAUUUAAAACAAAUAAAAGCUCUCACGGUCAGCCUGAUUAGAGAUUAAUUCAGUUGCACAGAUUUGAGUACCUAUUUAAUGAGAAUAAUGCAGUACAUAAAAAGCGAAUAGAAACAGUUAAUGCGUACAGGCAAAAGGGAAUCUAGCAUUAAAAAAAUCAAAUUGACGGAAAUAAACAAAAAAAAAAACCAAAAUAAAACCA